ACAGAGUCUAGCUAGCCGCAUGAUAAACUAUAUAACUGGAAAGUCAACACAGCUCAGGCUAGCUUCCAAAUGGUGCAAGAACACCCAUACAUAUCUUGCAGUACAAUCUCUUGUCAACACCGACGCAUUUUACUAAUCCUCCUCUGUCAGGCGCACACUCUCAAGCGGCACAAGCACAGAAAACCUAGAAGCCACCUUUUCCAAAGCACCUCAAUCCCAUUCCUGUCUCCCCAAGCUAUCUUCUUCAUGUCCACUGCAAGUGCAAGUGAAUGGCCUGACCAUGAUGAGCUAGGGAAGAAGAUCAAGAGGGAGUCAGCGGCGGAGCGGAUGACGGCGGCGGCACGGAGGAGCUGCAGCUCGCCGGUGGGGGCGGGUGCUGUCGCAGGCGCCGGGCCAGGGUCAGCGCUGAACACAAUCACGCCGUGCGCGGCUUGCAAGCUGCUCCGGCGACGGUGCGCGCAGGAGUGCCCCUUCUCGCCCUACUUCUCGCCGCUGGAGCCGCACAAGUUCGCCGCCGUCCACAAGGUCUUCGGCGCCAGCAACGUCUCCAAGAUGCUCCUGGAGGUGCACGAGAGCCAGCGCGCCGACACGGCGAACAGCCUGGUGUACGAGGCGAACCUGCGGCUCCGGGACCCCGUCUACGGCUGCAUGGGCGCCAUCCUCACGCUGCAGCAGCAGGUGCAAGCGCUGGAGGCCGAGCUCGCCACCGUCAGGGCCGAGAUCGUCAGGCACAGGUGCCGUCCGGCGGCGGUGCUCCCCUCGUCGCACGCCUCCCAGCUCCUCGCGGCCUCGGCAGCCGGCCGCGGGCUGCACGCCGGCAGCAGGCCAUCGGUAGGGGCUAGAGCGGCAACUUUGGCGGCGGCGGCGGCUGCUGCCGCCGUGGGGCCUGUGGCCUCGUCCUCGUCGUCAUCGGCGGUGUACGCCGCCGCCGCCGCGUCGAGCUCAACGGACUAUAGCUCCAUCACCAAUGAGAAUGUUCCUUACUUUGGUUGAUUUUGAGGUAGAAGUGGCUGCUGCGUUUCUGCUUCAAUGUAUUUUUGCCUCUUUUUUUUGUCUGUAAACCUCUUGUGGAAAUAUUGCAAUAAAAAGCUUUCCUGGCUGGGUAAAUAUUUUUCUUGUGUUCCUUUUUUGUUUCGCAAGAUUUGUUUGUCCUUUUCUUAUAUAUAUCUAGACAUAACAUAUAUUUAUACGUGCGUAGCAAAGUCUAUGAAUCUAAAAAAGCUAAAAAUUCUUAUAAUUUAUUUAGAAUUGAGGGUUUAAUGUGCAGUUUUCAGGUCCGGAUUUAAGCUUAAGACAACCCAGGUUCUACAGUGCUAGCUAGCGCGCAAAACAAUGCAGAUCAAAGUGCUAAUAAACUGAAAAUACUCCAGGAUCAUGCCGUCCCUGUGUCAUUGUUUCUUCUAACUUUUUCUUAUUAUUAAUCUAUCUUAUUUCAUUGCCGAUCCAUGUGAGUUGGCAACAAGAUCAUCGGUACACAAAUAUUCACAAUUUUUUUAAUAAAGUCAACCAAGCACUUAAUGUGGUCGAAAGCUCUGUUUCGGAAACUCAAGCUUACCUCAUUCACCAGUAGUAGUGGACGUGCCAGUUAACUCAUCAACAUGGGUUACAGGGUUAGGAAUCGAAGUGAGUGCACGUGCAUAUGAUACUCCACUAGCAGUGUAUGGUACGUUUGACUGCAUUUGGAUCUCUGCAAGGAACAGACACCUCACAUGCUUGUCUCCUGCACAUUUCAUUUUCAUAUGGCCCUCUCAUUUAUGUGGCACACAAGACAAAAUAUAUUGUUUAACAAAAAAAUUGCAUAUUUCCGUACAUGGCAAAGUUUCGCUUGAAUUGCUUAUACUAUUUAGAACCUCAUUCAGAUAU